AACCGGGAAGACAAAGGAUCGAUCCUUCAGAGAGCCCUCUUGACCCAGUGCUCUAAAAUCAUGUUCUUGUGAGGUGAGCGGUGUUAGUGAGCUCUCCUUGUGGUUUUCCAAGUAUCCUGAUUGGCCAGAUGUUGCCCAUGCCUUCAUCAUCAUCAGUCACGUUGCCAAGUGGAAGCUCGCUCAGAAGGGGCUUACACAAAGGAGAACCGGAGAGCUCCCUCCACGUGAUUCAGCCUGACUCAUGAUGAGUAGUAACCACUAACCACGGUCGGGCGUACUAUGGGAAUAGUAGUAGGUGUUGACUAGGUUUUGAGGCAACGGGACCUUCAGAAGAGCCCUCAAUUUCAGUUUGGACUCCGAACUGUUCUGUUGUCUCCAAAGACAUUGCUGCCCCAGUCGUACCGAGGAAUCUGCCCUGACCCCCUCCAAGAACUCACUUUUUUCCAUAUUUAGUGAGCGCCCGAGGUACGAGGGAGCGACAAUUGAAGAAAACAGAUCCUGCUUUGAGACCGUCCCUGGAAUUCCCCCUUUGCAGUUGUUACCGUCCACCCCCGGUAAUUUACGUAGAGGAGUUACAAUCCCGACUGUGCCAGUUCCAGUGCGUAUCCGUUCCGAAAAGGCUGCAUUACGCACUCGACUUACAACUUAUCCAUCCACUCGACUCAUCUGAAGGUGUUGCAAAGUGUUACCAAGUGGCCCGUAGCCCAUUCGUCCAAUACCUUUGUGAACGCUUGCACACGGAGGAGCUUGACAAGGGAAAACUCGGAUCGGCUGCGCUUGUAGCACUCGAAGAUCCGUCAUCCUCCCCUCCCCCCUCAGAUUGUCGUCAAGAAAUCGUACCUCAACCAGUCGGGAUUACUUCGGGAUACUCCACCUCCUCCCGCUCGAAGAACCAUCCUCGUGAUCCGACCAGAUAGGGGGAAGCACACCUUUGUCUACAUCCAGCAAUACUGCUACCACUAAUACCCUCAACACACAUCACACAUCACAUGCACUCGAGGAGUAGUGAGGAGCAGUGAGGACCGCUCCGAAAAUCUGUGACGAUUGGCAGCGAGUUUUUCAAGCCAACUCGAGGCGCGACUGCUGUCAGUUUAGUCGAGGAGACAAAGGUGAAAACAUCUCUCCUCAGGAUACUCAUAUCAGUGAAUCUCAGUCAAACUCAUCAUCGCCAUCGUCAUCAUGGGUGAAGACAAGUGUGAGCGUCUUGAUCCGGUUACAGUGAAGCAAGCUGCCGAGGAGCUCAAUGAGACCUCCAAAACGAGGAAAAAUGCCCUCAAGGAGCUCCGACACUGGCUCAAGGCUCAACGUCAUCUUCAAAAUGUGCGAACCGAUCACAGCUUUCUCGUGAGGUUUCUCCGUUUCCAGAAGUUCAACUUGGAAAGUACGAAGACUGUGUUUGACAAGUACAUCCAUAUGCGUCAGCACCAUUCGGAAUGGUUCCAGAACCUGGACAUCCAGGAGCCGAAGAUGCGCGACAUUAUGUCCAGCGGAUACCUAAUAGUGUUGCCUGAGCGUGACGCCAAUGGCCGAAGAGUGAUUUUUAGUCGAGCCUGUUCCGUGGACGUGUCCAAGUUCACGGCCUGUGAUAUCAUGAGAGCCCAUAUCCUUACCUACGAGGCCCUUCUGACGGACGAAGAGACCCAAGUGAAAGGGAUCACAUACGUCUUUGACGAGCGAAACAUCAACCUAAGCCAUAUCUCGAUCUGGUCGCCGAGUGACAUUUCCAAGGCAUUCAGCUGUUGCGAAAAGGCCAUGCCCAUUCGCCAUCAGGAGAUCCAUUUCGUUCACCUUCCCUGGACCAUGAGCCUCGUGUUUGCCUUUGGCAAGAGCCUUCUGUCCAAGAAACUCAGUGAGCGCUUCCAGACCCACUCGAAUUUCGAGAAGCUCUCCAAGGAGUUCGACAGUAGCAUUCUCCCCGAGGGUUACGGUGGAACCGUCUCCCUCGAGGACAUGACCAAUUCGUGGAUCCAGGAACUAGAAGACUGCCGAGAGGAGAUUCUGGACCUCGAUCGCAUGAAGUACGGUCUGAAGAAGGGCUCCGAAGCCAAGCGGAAGACGUCAGUGAACUCGGCUCAAAAGAAGAACAAACCCGAGAAUAGUGGCAUUUUGAACAUGGUGAAGUCCGUGAGGAAGAUGGAGAACCGAACCUCUGAAUCGGCAUAAUCUGAAUCACCAACCAUUCACACCGCCCCGUUUGUAAAGAAUCCUAUGUAGUCAGAAGAAUUCAUUGCAACCCAAUUGGACUACUUUCUCCCUCUGCAUAAUACCCCGUCGUCCUCUUCUUUCCUCCUCUUUCGUUCAUUCGUUCGAUCUUUUUUCCUCCCUUCCUUUCACCCAUCAUCCCACUCCUUCCCUAUCGUUCUUUCUUUCCCUCUCUACCUGUCUCUCUCUAUUUGUCUGUCGUUUCCAUCAGAAGAUUGUUCAGUUGCUCCAUUGCAUCCGGGCAUAGAUCUGUAUGGGCCUCUCCUCCCCAUUCUACAUAUAUAUUGCCACAAACCGUGAUGAUUAGGCAAUUUCACAUCGAUGGCAUUAACUUAACUCUCAAAAUAAAAUUUUCCUUCCAAAA